UAUCACUAUAUAUAUAGUCCAUGAGACUGUUUAGUUUACGUGUAAGUGGUCACACACUCACUGAUCGUGUGUCACACACUAAUCGGACAGUAUGGGUAUAGUGAAUGUGUAUCGACUGCUUAAGGACAAUUUCAUAGAGUUUGCAGCAGUAGGAAUAAUAACGUUUGUCUUCAUUUUACUGCUGAAACUCUUGAUACGUACUAUAAGCCUGAGAAAUGCAUUCAGGGGUUUCCCUGAGCCGGAAGGAAAACACUGGCUGCUGGGUCACAUGAAAUUCUUUUUGGGCAAAGGAGGCAGCAACGCACGACUCCAAAGAGCCAUAGAAUGGACAGCCAAAUACCCCAAGUUUUUCAUCACAUACUUCGGGCCUACAAGAGUGUCCUGUACCCUCAACCACCCAGACACCGUCAAAAUUCUCCUCAAAGGGGCAGACCCAAAGCCCGUUGGAUUUGGAGGAGCUUAUCGGCACGCCCUUCCCUGGCUGGGGGAGGGGCUCCUGAUCGCCGGGGGUAAGAGGUGGGCAAGAUCUCGGCGGUUACUGACCCCCGCGUUCCAUUUUGACAUCCUCAAGCCCUACAUUGGCGUAUAUAAAGAAUGCGCAGGUCUGCUGGAGAGAAACAUACAAAGGUUUGCUAAGGAGGGUAAGGGCUUUGAGGUGUUCAGUCAGGUGUGUCUGUGUACCCUGGACAUCAUACUGAGGUGUGCCUUCUCUUACCAGACAGACUGUCAGGAGCAAACUGGCGAGGUCCAUCCAUAUGUAAAAGCAGUCAACGAGAUUGCAGAGCUUUGGUUUUACAGAAACAGAUCCCCUUGGCUGUACCCUGAUUUUAUCUUCUAUAACACAGCGGAUGGAAAACGUUUUAAGAAGAAUUGUCAAUAUGUCCACGACGUAGCAGCUGACGUCAUGCAAAAGAGACGGAAAGAGCUGGAAGGCCUAGAUCUGAAGUCCAAGCGCUACCUAGAUUUUCUGGACAUCCUCCUCACGGCAAAAGACGAAAACGGGGUGGGGCUCUCUGACGAGGAAAUUCGCAAUGAGGUGGACACUUUCCUAUUCGAAGGCCACGAUACCACAGCCAGUGCAAUAUCAUGGAUUCUGUUCUCACUCGCCGAAAACCCGGAAUAUCAGAUCGAAUGUCAGGAAGAAAUAGACAGGGUUAUAUCAGAGACUAAGGAUGGAGAUUUGGGAUGGGAAGAUUUAAGCAAGCUAACGUUUCUAACACAAUGUAUCAAGGAGGGCAUGCGUCUACACUGCCCUGUUCCCUUCGUCGCCAGAAACAACACGGUGCCACUUAACAUCGAGGGCCACACGAUACCCCCCGGAACCUUUGUGGCGGCCAGUAUCUGGUGUCUCCACCACAACCCGACCGUGUGGGGCCCGGACCACAUGCAGUACAAACCCGAGAGGUUUUCCAAAGACAAUCUCGCCAAGCUGGAUUCUUUUGCAUUUCUGCCGUUUUCUGCAGGGCCAAGAAAUUGCAUCGGACAACACUUUGCACUUAAUGAGGAAAAAAUAGUCCUAGCCAAACUUCUUCACAGAUUUUCAUUCUCAUUGGAUAAGGACCACAAAGUGGAGCAUAAUGCAGUGGCGGUGAUGAGGGCACUGAACGGCAUACGGCUGUAUGCUAAAGAACGGCAGCAAAUAGACUUGUCCCAACAGAACAAAGCAGGAACAAGGAAGCAAAGAAACGAAGUAUAGCUUCUAUGUAAUGACUAAUGACUGACUACAAUCCAAUUACCAUGUGUCUGUUCAGAAAUCAUUGUGAAAAGAUUUCUUCAUGUCUUUAUGUUCAAAUAAAAUGACAAUUAAAAUUUUAAAGAAAGAAAA